GCUAUUUAUUUUAAUGUUUGAAGGAAAUUACUUAUAAGAAACACUUAUAAUUUAGGGAUGAAAUUAACAAUAAAAGGGAAUUCCAAAAAAGAGAGUGUGAUUUUGGAAGGAGGACAUUUUAAAUAAUAACUAAGGAUUUAAUAAGAAAAAUAUAGUUUCUGUAAAAUGCUUAUAUAAAAAUAGCAUUUGAGAUUAAUUUUAAGUAUGAAACAACAAUAAUUAGGAUUAUUAAUGACGAUUUUUGAAUUUUACUGGGAUUAAAAAGGGAGAGUAGAAAGAAGCAGGGAGACCUAUUUCAAUAAGUAAUAGGCAAUAGAGUGAAUUGGCAGAGAGACUACAUGGGUGUAGAGUAUGGAUGAGUGUGGGG